AUGGAUCGAAUUCCCAUUCGGGUGUUUGCCAUUUUGAUCCUUCUCGUAAUCUUUCCAGUGGCAUAUCCAGAAGAUCAAGAGUGGAUUCAGAUAAAACAAGCGUUGGUGCAGUUCAUGGACAAACUCUCACCGGUCAAUGCAGCGCCCAUGAACGGAAAUUGGGGUUGGAACAUGAGCUCAGACCCCUGCGGAGAUAAGUGGGAAGGUGUGACAUGUGAUGGAAAGAAUUCUGUCAAGAAAAUAGUCCUCGAAACCUCAAAUUUUGCGGGAAUUCUCGAUGCAAACUCUCUCUGCACGGUGAAGUCUGUUGGUGUUGUGAGUCUGAAGAACAACAAGAUCACUGGACAACUCACAGAAGACAUUGGAAACUGCAGAGAUUUGACUCACUUGUAUAUAAGUGGGAACCAGUUUUCGGGUGAUCUUCCGGCGUCUCUUUCGCAGUUGAACAAUCUGAAAAGGGUUGACAUCUCUAACAACAACUUCAACGGUGAGCUUCCUGAUUUCUCAAAGAUUUCUGGCUUGAUAACUUUUCUUGCUCAGAACAAUCAGAUUGAUGGGAAAAUCCCUGAUUUUGAUUUCUUCAACCUCAAGGAAUUCAAUGUCUCCAACAACAACUUCAGCGGCCCUAUCCCCGAUGUCAAAGGCCUAUUCAAAAAUGAUAGCUUUUUCGGUAAUCCUCAGCUGUGUGGAAAGCCACUGCAAAAUGCCUGCCCUCCUGCGCAACAAACUUCCAGAAUGCCAAAGAAAUCGAGAAAGUCCUGGUUCGAAAAGCUUUUGCUCUUAUCAGGAUAUAUAAUUCUUGGCCUGGUUGUUGUUUGCUUCUUUCUCUAUAAAUUUGUCAGCAAAAAGAAGAUCAGAGAAGAUGAAGAAAGGGGCAGAAAUAAAAAGAUGGCUGCGAAUGAUGCUGCUAGCACUGUGCCUAGCACUACAAUUUCUUCUAGUGUGAAGGAUGGUAGUGGUAAAAACACGGCAGAGUACUCGUUAUCAUCUGUUGAAAACGGAAUGGCUCCACCGCUCGUGGUUCUCACUAGUCCAUUGCUGAGGGGGUUGAGUUUUGAGGAGUUGCUCCGAGCUCCUGCUGAAUUGCUUGGCAGAGGGAAGAAUGGAAGCCUCUACAAAGUCAUGCUCGAUGGAGGGGUUAACUUAGUUGUGAAGAGGAUCAGGAACUGUGGGAUUUCGAGCCAAAAAUUCAAGACUCGGAUGACACAAAUCGAUCAGGUUAAGUGUCGAAAUGUCUUGCCUACUGUUGCAUUCUAUUGUUCCACACAGGAGAAGCUCUUGGUUUAUGAGUAUCAGCCUAAUGGCAAUCUCUUUAACCUUCUUCAUGGAUCUUCAAACGGACAAAUAUUUGACUGGGGAAGCAGACUAAGUGUUGCAGACAUCAUUGCUGAGUCAUUGGCAUUCAUGCACCAAGAGCUACAUGAACAUGGCAUUGCUCAUGGCAACCUAAAGUCCAUGAACAUUUUGUUCAACAUGUCCAUGGAGCCCUGCAUCAGCGAAUACGGCAUAAUGGAAGUCGAAAAUCAAGAUGGGUCACUCCUUUCGCCAAACAACCGGAUUGAAAGUCCGAAUACAGGCCAUGCAGAUAGCACGUUCAAUGCAGAUAGUACGUUCAAGGGUGAUGUCUAUGAAUUUGGUGUGAUACUUCUCGAGCUUCUGACUGGGAAGCUGGUGCAGCAAAACGGGUUGGAUUUACCAGGGUGGGUGCACUCGGUGGUUAAAGAGGAGUGGACUGUCGAAGUUUUCGACAAGGCUUUGAUCCAAGAAGGUGCAAGUGAAGAAAGGAUGGUGAGCUUGUUGCAGGUAGCAUUUCAGUGCAUAAAUUCAACUCCAAAUGAUAGGCCAAGUAUAAGUCGAGUUUCGGCGAUGAUUAAGUCGAUCAAAGAGGAGGAGGAGAGAUCCAUAUCCUCUGAUCCAUGA